UCCAAAAAUUUCUACGUACAAAAAAAUGUCUGCAUGCUGUAAAAUCCACAACAUUGUACGGCUCCGUCAAAUUUUACGGCGGUGGAGGAAGAAGGCAGCCGCCGCCACGUCCAGACGUAUACCGUCCGACGUGCCGGCCGGCCACGUGGCAGUCAAUGUUGGCGCCAGUUGUAAAAGAUUUGUAGUCCUAGCGACGUACCUGAACCACCCCCUUUUCAAGAAACUGUUGGUUCGGGCCGAGGAAGAGUACGGGUUCACAAAUACGGGCCCGUUGGCCAUUCCUUGUGAUGAGUCACUGUUUGAAGAAAUUCUCCGUUACUUGGACGGUAAGAACGACUCGGCCCAACUUAUGAGUUUUGAGGAUUUUCAUAGAUACUACCACGUAGGAAUUCGGAGUAAUCUUGAACUUUGGGCCGAGUCACGGCCGCUUUUGCAUGGAGUUUCCGACUGAUAAUCAACGGAUUUGACUUGUCCGGGUUGGUUCACUUUAGCCAUGACUCUAAAAUUGAGUGUUUCGAGGUGGGUUUUUACUAAUUGAGUUGGCGAGUAUCGUUUCACUUUUCACCGAGUCACUGAAUAAUCGAGGUGAGUCAAAUCUAUCUGCUCUGGAGAAUAUAAUGGAGAUGGCAAGUUGGUGGCGAGUUGCCGCCGGGUCGUCCCGGAUUCGAAUCGGAGUGGAGUCAACAAAUGGGUAUAUACUAAUGUCAAUUGCAACGUGAUGAUUUGAAUAAAAUGUUGUAUUUACUUUGUUUAA